AUGAAAACGGUGCAUCGUGCAUCACUUCGGCUUACAGUGCAUUGUGUGAAACAUGUCUGAGAGUUACAGGGACUGAACUCAAGAACCGCAGUGAGUUAAUGCAGUUAUAUUAAAUGAAAGGAGAGACACAGAGCUGUUUACUGACCGGACAGGGACAGAAGACGUCUAGAGACAUGUCUGAUCUAAAGAAAAUAACCGGACGACCUUCAGCCGAGGAAGAGCAGAGGCUGAAUAUGAGCGAGUCCUUCAGGAAGAUUCUGGAUUUGAGUUCUGGAGACUCUCAGAAUGCUGGAAUCAAGCCAAUAACCUUUGUUAGACAGGUUAUAGCUGGGUGCACGUAUCCCAGAAUGCUGCAGGGCGAUGCUCUUCCUCCUGACGCUCGUCUCAGAGCUCAGAAACUCCUCAGUCACUUUGAUGGAGGAAGUAUCGGUUCAUACACUGAGUCCUGUGGAGUGAUGUAUGUAAGAAACACUAUAGCAAAGUCCAUUUCUUUGCGGGACGGAGGCGUCCUAUGUAGUCCAGAACAAAUCUUCAUCACUGCUGACACCCAAAGAGCUUUGAUGAGGAUGCUGCAAGUCCUGUGUCAAUCAGAGGGCGUGUCUGCGGUUAUGGUCCCAGACCCCGCCCCUCACACUCUGGCACGCCUCCUGGAGAGGAUGGGUGUGGUUCCAGUGACCUAUCAGCUGCGAGAACAGAGUGGGUGGAGUGUGGAGAGGGCGGAGCUAAACAGAGCCAUCCAGGCGUCGAGGGGGCGGUGCUUUCCUAGGACGAUUUACAUCAGUAAUCCUGGCAACCCUACAGGUCACGUUCAGAGCAGAGAGUCCAUUCAGGAUGUGAUUCGCUUUGCUGCCAAUGAAGAACUUUUCUUGUUGGUUGAUGAGGUUUAUCAGGACACAGUUUUUGCAGACGGCUCAGAGUUCGUGUCAUAUAAGCGUGUUCUGGCUGAGAUGGGCGAACCGUAUUCUGGUAGAGUUCAACUGGCCUCGAUGCAUUCGCUCUCCAACGGCAUCAUGGGAGAGUGUGGUUUCAGGACGGGUUAUAUGGAGAUGGUGAACGUUGAUGAAGCUGUGAUGUUAUACAUUGAGAUCCUUCUGACGGGGGAUCUGUGCCCUCCUGUGAUUGGUCAGAUCGCUCUGGAUGUCAUGGCUGAUCCGCCCUGUCCUGGAGAACCUUCCUACAGUUUAUACACACGGGAAGUGGCGUCUCGGCUGAUGACUCUGAAGUGUAACGUGUCCAGGGCUGUUGAGUUCAUUAAUGAUCUCCCAGGAUUCAGCUGUCAGUCAGUUCAGAGUGGAAUCUUCAUCUAUCCACACCUCACUCUUCCUCACACAGCCCUGACGCACUCACAGUCUGUGGGAUUGUUGUACAGCAGGAGGUUGUUGGAGGAUCAGGGUGUGUAUGUUGGGUUCAGUGAAGAUCACACACAUUCAGGGAGCUGCUGCCACUUGAGGUUGUGUGUGCUGAUGCCAUCAGACGAACUGGAGGAAGCUCUCCGUCGCCUUCAAAGUUUUCACUUUCAGUUCCUUAAAGAAUACUGUGAUACUGGAGAAACAUUCAGUGAACCACAACAGAGUGUUAAAUAAGUUUAAUGAAUGCACAAAUUCACAAACAGAUGAAACUAUACUCGUUUUGUUCCUACUUUUAGGUUGCUUGACCAAAUUACACAAAUCAGCUUCAUAAUAUUAACAUUCAAUAUACUGAUAUUAACAUGAGUAUUUGUCAUUUAUAAUCAAUAAAGGUGAACUGAGUAUGUA